GAGGCCUCGAAUCCCUGUUUCGUUCUUUCUCGGUGCUUCCCUCCGCGCUGUGCUCAUCGUCAUCGAAACCAAGAAACAUCGCCGGAGACGACAACGGUGCUGCCAAGAAACCGUUUGACUCGUCUCCCCCACACACCUGCUGCCGUGUCUCUGUUUCUUUGUUUCGGUGCUCUCCUCCGCGCUGUGCUCAUCGCCGUCGACCCCAAGAAACAUGGCCGGAGACGACAACGGUGCUGCCAAGAAACCGUUUGAAUCGUCUCCCCCACACGCCUGACGCUGUAGCUCUUCGGCGUCGUCGUCGAAGCCAAAGGAAAGAAGAAUCCGAGACCGGUUGGCAGAAUCUUGAUCCUCUGACCCGUCAUCCUCUACGCCUCACCUCGUAUCUCUGUUUCUUCCCCUAAGUGUUUUCCUCCUGCGUGCUGCCGGCCUCUGAUCGUCGUCGUCGAAGCCAAGAAACCAAGAAACAAAGAAACAUUGUGGGAGACGACAACGGUAACAUUGCCGGACACGACGAUGGCCGUGCUGACCGGCUGGCGGUUCCAACCGUCCGAGGACGAGCUCCUGGACUCCUUCCUCAGGAAGAAGAUCCUCGGUCAACCGCUUUCCUAUCACAUGAUCGUGGAGGCCGACGUCUAUGGUGAUGACCCCAAGAACCUCACCGCUCAAUAUAGCAUGGCUAAUAGGGACAGGGAGUGGUACUUUUUCACCUCCACCACGCGAAAGCAUCCGGGUGCCAGCGACAGCAGCCAGGCGUCUCGCCGUGCGGGUGCGGGACGGUGGAAGGCUAGGCAACGCAUCAAGACGGUGCUCGACUCCGACCACAAGGUCUUGGGAUCGAAGCAGUGCUUCUGCUACAGGGAAAGGUGCCCUUCCGGUGGAGAGACAAAGACCACAUGGCUCAUGGAGGAAUACUCCAUCCCUGACCUUCGAAGAAAAGCCGGUGCAUCUGGAAUAAAUGGCUCGAAUAAGCUGGAUGAGUGGGUCAUAUGUAAGAUCUACCUGACACCAAAAGCUCGUAAAGUUCACACGACACCAAAAGCUCGUGAAGAUCAACCGGUGGAAAAGGUUGCACCAGAGCCUGCAGCAAAAAGAAGAAGGAUGAAAGAGCCACAAACGAUGAAGUUCACUUUGAAAAAUUAAGAGCCACAAACGAUGAGUUCCUUUUAUCUGAUAUCUAGUAUUUCCAUGGAUGGCUUUGUGUAAAUGGCGAAGAUUGGUCCCAAGACAAUGUUAAAAUCCCUCUCCUAUGACUUGAAGGCUACAAAUCUGAACUACAAAAAUAGCUUCUUUGUUCUUGACUUGACAAAUCUUUACCGGAUAAUGUUGGCAUUUCUCUGAUGAUUUUCUAGCUUCAUUUUAAUAUUUUUCAAGAAAAAAUAUUUUUUGUUGCAUUCUUCGCAAUCUAACUUCCUUCAUUUUCUCUUCUUUCCUUUUCUAUGUAU